CCAGAUUUUUAUUUAUAUUUAUUUAUUUAUUGAUCUUUUUUUGAGAGGGUCAGAUUGGGAGCAUCCGCGGGCUAUGCGCAAUUACGCCCCGAUUCGGAUGUAUCUGGCGGCAAGUGCUGUCACAACUACCUUGGUAGGUAGAGCCCGAGCAGCGAGCGGAAGCCUUGUGGGAGGAGGGCGAGGGGAAGGUAGCGGCGGAACGGGGGGAACGGGGGAAACGGGGCAGAGGGGAGUGGAGGCUCAACUCGUCGCUAAAAAUGUGAGUGUAUCUUCCGAUUGUCGCACAUUGCCGCCACGGCACGGGAGAGGGCACAGUGCUCUCGCGCUUGCGGCGAAGUGUAUCUUCUGUCGCACAUUGUCGCACUCGCGCUUGCGGCAAAGUGUGAGUGUAUCUUCUGUCGCACAUUGUCGCACAUCGUCGCGCUGGAGAGGUCACAGUGCUCUCGCGCUUCGGCGUCCCGGCGCGCAAGAGGCAUCAGCACUCGCACAGCAGUGCCGCACAGUGCCGCACGGUGUCGCCGAGCAGUGGCGCACAGUGCCGCACAUGCCAGCUGUGCUUGGAGACGGUCAGCGAUAGUGGCGGCAAAUGAGGAGCUUCUUGCAGCUAAGGUGAACUGUUUUUUUUUUGUGUUUUUUUUUCCGAUUUGUAUAUAUUUCCUAAGCGGCGAACCUUGCAGCUGGCGUGA